CAACGGAACGAGAACGUAGUUAMCCGCAGGARCAACYAUGGAGAACACCGAGAAAAGGGACGACAAUGAAAUCCCACCUAAGCUUGCGGACGACACUGCAUCGGUUCCAAAAAUAUGCCGUUCCAUUUCGGAAUGCAGGUUCAUCUCGAGGUUUUGGAGAGCCCAUAGCGAUAGGGACUGGGCCGUGAAAGSGGAUGACGACACCGGUGGUAGCGACAGAGAAAACGGCAUAGAAAAGAMUGAGGACGAUGUUGCGGGUGUUUCGCUUUGCGCGAAGACCCGGUUGAUCCUGUCGGCCCAACCCAGCCACAACUUCGGCAGGGGCCGUCGGGGCAACCUUCGAAAUCGCAAURYGAGGUUUCACCAAGAUUUGAAAACGGACGAUCUGGAUGGAAUGGUGGUCAUGUUCCAGGCCAAAGCAAACGAGUCGAUAGCGGUGGUAUUGUCAUCCUUUCCUUCGUAUUAUGCUAACUAUGGCACUGACACUGGCACAGGCAAUGACACAGGUAAGGAAGAGGAACAGGAAGAGGAACCGGAAGAGGAACAGCACGAGGAAAAACCGACAGAGGAAAAAGAAAAGGAGGAACCGAAAGAUGAACAGUGUAAGGAGGAAUCGAAAGAGGAACAGCAAAAGGAAGAAAUCGGAAUGACGGACAACGUUCCUGCCCAGAACUCUGAUGCCCAAACAAUUGCUGAAACCGCGAAUGGUGAUUCUAAUACUUCUACUCGAUACGAGAUUGUAUUGGGAACCAAUAAGAAUACCGCGACGACGAUUCGGCGUUCUGUCUUCGUUGACAAGGGUGACAAAGAACCGCGAUCAUCCAAGACAAAAUCAAAAUUCUCUGCCGCGGUGACGAUCCCAUCUCGUGUCUGUCGUGGCUUUGGGGUCAACACGAAAACUUCCGAUGACGAAGACGGUGGUAACAACGCAUGCUGGACAUCGUAUUGGAUUUGUUUGUCAAACUCCAAUGUAUACGUCGGCAUGGGUUGCAUUCCAGGAAAGCAAUGCUUUGGUAUCAUGGAAGCGCAAAAGCAAGGAGAGAAUCCUGCAGCCGCCGGCACACUGCUUCCGGUCCGUUACGUUGGCAUUGGAAACGACACGCGACAUCACAAUGGUGACUCUACCGAGAUUAGAAACCUGGUGGUGACAAACGUCCCCCCGUGCCUCGAAAGUGCCUUGAAGGAAGUCCCCCCACAGGACGAAUUGCCAAUUGUUUGUCUCCCACCAGUCGCGUGUGAUUCUUCAUCCAUGGACAUCGACGAGGACACAGAAACACUCGAGCUCAAACGGUAUAUGGAACAAUACAAGGCGGAAUGUCUCGUUCGCAAGCGGCGAGCCCAGAAAUACGGCACCCAGUACAAAGAACAGCCCAUGAAGGAUUUUCUUCCCUGGACUAUGGCCAAGCGAUUGCUUUUGAGCAAGCAACAAGAGACGCCGGCGACCGGUUCGAAUCCAUCUGAUUUCGUGGCUGGCGAUAUCGACUUUUUGGACCCAAAAGAGGUUUCGAAGCGAGAAGCUAGGCUGGCGCGGUUUGCUACCGGAGCWWCAGCGGAAUCCAAAACCGACGGAGGGGACAAGGCAGCCUCGAGAACCACCCAGAAUCGUCCUGUUCCCGUCACGGAUGGUUUACCGGUGGAACAAGCCUGGGACAAGGAAACGAUGCUGCGUCCCGUCCGAAGGGAUCCCCCGCCAUAUUUGUGGAAGGAAUGCCCAUCGAAUGCCGAGACGAUCGAAACCUUCAAAAAUCCCGCCAAUCCUUUCGCCAUGUACGACGAAACCACUAAGGCAGCAACCUGGGUCGAAGACAAGAUUCAUGUCUCGGCGAUCGAUUGGGCCGCGUUCAAGCAGAUCGGCAACGACGAUCUCUUAAAGCAUUUCGGGGAGUCCUACGGCCCUGUCAAGUACAUCGAGUGGCUAGGAGACGUCAACUGCAACAUUUGCUACGGCAGCAAGCACUCGGCAGCGAGGGCUCUGGUGUGUCUGGCCAACGAGGUGCCCUCUCCGCCACCGUCYAGAACAACCCCCACAGACGAAAGUACGGAAGCUUCCAAGAACAACAAGGAURCAACCUCCCCCGCUACCGCAAGCAGCACCGUCAUCGAUUUGGGCUGCAUGACGUGGAGGUUUGGAAAGAAACCAAUUCGAAAACUCUCGAAUGACCGACGGGGGAGAAAGGGUACCACCGCCCGGUAUCUCUUGCGCAUGGCUACGACAGAAGAUAUUUUGGUGGAACGACCGAACUCCUGGCCAGAGCCCCCCGGUGGGUUUUCGUCGGAUCGAGUCCUAGGUCCCAAGAGCGACUUUGCAAAUCCGAAAAGGGGCAGGGACAGACCGAAAAAGCAACCAAACCCGCAAAAACAGUACCAGGCGGCGCAGCAGCAAAACCGAAGAGGCAGCAGCAGCAAAACCAAACGUAAACGGCAGCGAGGAAAUAAUGGGAACAGCAACAGCAACAGCAGCAGCAACAACGAGCAGAAUACAGAUAAGCAAAAACAAACGAAUAACAUAAAGACGAGGAAUAAUAAAAGCAAGAAAACCAGAAUCACCGGCCAAGGACUUUUGAAUCGAGGGUUGUCUUCGAGCAGGGCUGGAUUUUCGGUAGAGGAAAUGGAAAAAGAGAGACAAUCUAAGAAGCGACAAAAAACGUGCUGAAUUUGCCCGCUCGAUUACCUUGUUGCGGAGAAGUUUCAGCGUAUCGAUUCGAUAGCUUUUACACUUCCACAACUCACACAAAAGAGAGUUGGAAUCCCCSCCCCCCMCCGGCAAGAACACCAAAUCAAUGGUACGGACAAUGAAGAAGUAUACAUUAU